GUCAUAAAUAUUGUAUAUGGACAAUGUGAUAUAGCAUACUGUACAUAUUUUAUGUGGUCAAAACUAUGUACUUACAGUAUUCAGGAUUGAACUGGGACAUAUGCUGUGCUGCACACAGGGGCGUGGAUCAUCACCGGUGGGACACAUGCGGGUGUGAUGAAGCAUGUAGGGCAGGCUGUGAGGGACUACACCCUGAGCAGCUCCGUGCAGGGCCAGAUUGUGGCUAUUGGAGUAGCAACGUGGGGAAUAAUUCACAACAGAGAAUCUCUGGUGGAUUCAGAGGGUUGUUGCGCAGCCCAUUAUUUGCCGGAAGGUGUCGCCUGGCAACAAGUGCUAUAACACCUGGCGAAGGACGUAAAACACACCACUUCCACACACCUGAAAGUGUUUGUCCAGCUAGAAGCCAGAAACAACUUCUUGUUGUUGCUGUAGCCUAUUCAAGUGAAAGGAGAACCAGAAAGCACUAAGACAGAAAUGCUGCCCAAACUUGAGAAUAAGAUUCACCCGCAGCAAAUGAUGGAGGAGCUGCAGCCGCACAAACUUCAACUAAACCAAGCGAUUUCUGGGUAUAGAAAGCACUACGCCUUUUCCACCUGGAUCAAGAAAAACAUCCACAAGAGGGAAUGUUGCCUCUUUGAGAAAGAUGUCGGAGGGGAUGUAUGUAAGUGUGGCUACUCAAAGACCGAUCAUGUGGAUGAAGCCAUCAAGCCAGAGGAUUUCACAGGCGAGUCGUGGAAAAGAAGCAGACACAUCCGCGAGGUGACCACUGAUGCUUUUGGAGACAUCAGCUUCGGUGGUUUGGGACAAAGGACAGGAAAGUAUGCCCGAGUGUCCACAGACACCAGCCCUGAGAUCCUCUACCAGUUGUUGACUGAACAAUGGAAACUUUCUCCUCCCAACCUGCUGAUCUCAGUGACCGGAGGAGCCAAAAACUUUUACCUGAAGGCUCGUCUCAAGAACAUGUUCCACAGAGGCCUCAUAAAGGUGGCCCAGACAACAGGGGCGUGGAUCAUCACCGGUGGGACACAUGCGGGUGUGAUGAAGCAUGUAGGGCAGGCUGUGAGGGACUACACCCUGAGCAGCUCCGUGCAGGGCCAGAUUGUGGCUAUUGGAGUAGCAACGUGGGGAAUAAUUCACAACAGAGAAUCUCUGGUGGAUUCAGAGGGUUGUUUCCCAGCCCAUUAUUUGAUGGACACCAAGGACCAGGGCCGAUUUUCCUGCCUCGAUAACAACCACACCCACUUCCUGCUGGUGGACGAUGGGACCCAAGGCCACUAUGGGGCGGAGAUUGAACUGCGUAGCUGUCUUGAGAAAUGCAUCUCCAGAAAGCAUCUUGGAAACAAAGAGAGCGGCGUGACCAUCCCUGUGAUCUGUGUGGUUUUAGAUGGAGGGCCAGGCACUCUGAAUACUAUAUACAAUGCCAUGCUGAAUGGUACACCAUGUGUGAUCUUGGAGGGCUCUGGGAGGAUAGCAGAUGUGAUCGCCCAGGUGGCAGAACUGCCAGUGAUCCGGAUCACCAUCUCCCUCAUCCACCAGUUAUUGAAAAAGUUCUUUGGCCAAGAGUAUGAGAAAUUCAACGACCUCGAGAUCAUAGAAUGGACCAAGAAGAUUCAGGACAUCAUCAGGAUGUCUCAUCUGCUGACAGUCUUCAGAGUAACCGAGGACAAUCACAACGAUGUGGACAUGGCUAUUCUUCAAGCACUGCUCAAGGCUUCCAGGACCAGCGAGUCACUGGGCAUCGAAAGCUGGAAGAGUCAGCUGGAGCUGGCUAUAGCCUGGAACCGGGUGGACAUAGCUGAGACUGAGAUCUUCACUGAGGAGAGCCAGUGGAAGUCCAGCGACCUCCACUGGGCCAUGUUCUCAGCCUUGGUUGGCAACAAGCCUCAGUUUGUGAGUCUGCUGCUGGAGAAUGGCGUGAAUCUGAGGGAUUUCCUGCAGGACGAGGAAACACUGUGUGAGCUCUACAAGUGUAUGCCGAGCUGCUUCUUUCUCCGUAAGCUGGCCAAGCGAGUCCACGGUUCUCGCAGCAUCAGGAGGCCAGCAAUCCGCAUCAGACGUCGAGUUCCCUCAGGUGAAAUGAUCUCCAUGACUCAUGUGUCUGAAGAGGUGCGCCACCUGCUGGGAAGUUUCACCAAGCACCUCUAUCCACCCUCCGCCACGAUAAACCAAUUCAGCAUGUCUAUGGAGGAUUCAUCCACAUCACUGUCUAAAAGUCAAGCGGGUUCCCAAACUGCACUCAGGGAAGACAAUGCUGAGACACCGAGGGACAUAGGCAGAGACCUUUUCCUUUGGGCUAUUGUCCAAAACAAUAAGGAGCUGGCUGAGAUUGCCUGGGAGCAGUGUAGAGACUGCAUGUCUGCUGCCCUGGCCGCCACUAAGAUCCUGAAGAAAAUGGCGGUGGAGGGAAGCGAUGCAGACGAGGCAGAAGAAAUGCAAAAGCUCGCCAGUCACUAUGAGAAACACGCCAUGGGUGUGUUCAGUGAGUGCCACAACAGUGAUGAAGAGCGAGCUAGGAAGUUGUUGGUUCGUGCAUCACUGUUUUGGGGAAGGACGACAUGUUUGCGGCUGGCACUGGAGGCUGAUGAUAAAAGCUUUGUAGCUCAGUCAGGUGUCCAGGCUCUUCUGACACAAAUCUGGUGUGGUGAGCUUUCAGUGGAAAACCCAGUGUGGAGAGUGAUGAUCUGCAUGGUCUUCUUCCCCCUUAUCUACACUGGCUUUCUGGUUUUUAGACGCGAUGAAGUCAUCCAGAGGGAAAAUGAGAAGAACGAGGAGAUAAAGACAGUGGAGAAAGUGACGGGAAGUAUAAUACAAACAGGUGGCUGUGGCCUUGACCCCACCAGCCUGAAGCGCCUGAAACCUCUGAGCUCCUGGUCCAGACUGGUCUGCCUGUACAGCUCUCCGCAGGUCAAGUUUUACUGGAACAUCGUGUCUUACUUCACCUUCCUCUUCCUGUUUGCUGUGGUGCUGAUGAUCGACUUCCAGGUCACGCCUUCUCCUUGGGAGGUGCUGCUUUACAUCUGGCUGCUCACACUCGUGUGUGAGGAGGUCAGACAGCUGUUUUAUGAUCCUGAUGGCUUCGGGUUUCGUAUAAAAGCCAAGAGGUACAUCAACGACAUGUGGAAUAUUUUAGACGUUCUGUCCAUCGUCCUCUUUAUUAUCGGCCUUGUAUUUCGGCUGACAACUGAGCUGUUCUAUGCGGGCAAAAUCCUCCUCUGCAUCGACUUUGUGGUCUUCUGCCUCCGUCUCAUGGCCAUCUUCACUGUCAGUAGAACGCUGGGACCCAAAAUCAUCAUAGUCAAGAGGAUGAUGAUGGACAUGUUCUUCUUCAUGUUUCUGCUGAGUAUCUGGGUGGUGGCGUACGGCGUAGCCAAACAGGGCAUCCUCAUCCACAAUGACAAUCGGCUGAACUGGAUUCUCCGCGGGGCAGUUUAUGAGCCGUACCGCACCAUAUUUGGGGAUUUUCCCACAAAUAUCGACUAUUCUGCGUUUGACAAAGACCGGUGCAGCAUGAGUGGCACCGACCCCCUGAAGCCAAAGUGUCCUGUGCUGAAUGAAAACGAAAUGCCAGCCUUCCCUGAGUGGCUCACCAUCAUCAUGCUUUGUGUUUACUUGCUCUUUGCCAACAUAUUGCUGCUCAACCUGCUCAUAGCCAUCUUCAACUUUACGUUCCAGGAAGUCCAGGACAACACAGACAGAAUCUGGAAGUUUCAAAGAUACGAGCUAAUUAAGGAGUACCACAGCCGCCCCACUGCCCCACCUCCUUUUAUCAUCUUCAGCCAUCUUUACCUCUUCAUCAGGAGAAUGGUGCUGUGCAGGCCUGCCAAGUUAUACAAAGAGUUUAAGAAUGUGCUCCCUGAGAGCGAGGAAGAGGAGCUGUUGUCCUGGGAGGCCUUGAUGAAGGACAGAUACUUGCUGUCCGUGCAGCAGGAGCAGAGCCAGAGCAUGGAGCAUCGCAUCCUGGACACAGCCCAAAAGGUUACCACUAUUACGGAUCGACUGGAGAGGGAGGAGGAGAUGAGCUCUGACGCCGUGGUGAAAAGACUGGCUCGACUAGAGGUGCAGGUUUCCCAGUCAGCCAAAGCCCUGCAGUGGAUUAUGGACGGUCUGAAAUCGCAGAGCUUUGGAGCAAAAGAAGCACAGUCUCUGACUUUAACCACAACAGACGAGUCCCCUGACACGUAUGUCAGCGUGUCAGAGAGAGAGGACAGGUUCCACGUGAACGCCCGCUGCUUUCACUAUCCAAGCGGCAAAGUGACGCGCUUUCCUGUGCCUGAGGAGAAGGUGCCAUGGGAGGUCAGCUUCAGCUUAUACAUGCCGACACCUUACCCCUCUGAAGACAGCGGGGACGAUGCGGAUGGAUCAGAAUCAGGGGCAAUAGGUAAUUACAGGAACCCAGGAGGGAGGACUGGCAUGACUGGGCGAGGUGCACUAAACCAUCUUGGUCCAAAUCUGAAUGUGGACCUCGUGCUUACAAGCUGGCGAGACAGCAAGCGAUCUGCUCUGGAGUUCCUGGUGGUUUAUGACGAGAGCCAAGGAACCUUUGCUCUACCAGGGGGACCCGUCCAAUCUGCUGAAAACUUGCCAGUGAAUCUUAAGCAAACCCUGGGAAAGAAGCUGUAUGAAAAACUAAAUGAGAAGGUAUCAGAGGGAACAAAGGUGUUUGAGGGUUAUGUGGAUGACUGCAGGAACACCGAUAAUGCCUGGGUGGAAACCACCGUCUUAAACAUUCACUUGGACAGAACCAGCCAGUUGAUAGUGGACAUCAGCAAUAUGGUGGUGAGCAGCCACGGCUCUCUUCAGUGGCAGGAGGUGAGCAGCAGAGCCAGACUCAGCUCAGACCAAAGAGAGUCUCUGGGACUUGUUGCUGAGCUGCACAGCAGGAAGUUCUGAUGUUCGGCCCGAUGUAGCUGUAAACGUGCCUCUCUGUCCACAGGUUUUCUUCGGCCUUUUUCACGUGGCCUUUUGUCAUGGCUGACGUAGAUGAAUUAUUUCUGUUGCACUGAACGCACUUACGGUGGAUUAUUGAUGAGCAGUUUGCACAAAUGUCACUGGGCAGUAAAAUGAAUGUUCAGCCAGCACA